CAAUGGUGCCACACUCCGGAUACAACUUUGGUAUCCUCGCUCCACUAUAGCUUCUUGAAUCGCUCAGUUAAGGCGUUUCUAGAAGCAAAAAGUGAUUUUAUACAAUGAGCUUAUUGAAAGCUCUUUUUCUUUGGUGCCUUCUAUGGGUGGGGUUGUUUCAGUCAUCAGAGUGGUUGGAGCAAAGGUGAGGCACUACAAGUUUGAUGUGGAGUACAUGUUCAAGAAACCAGAUUGUUUGGAGCAUGUUGUGAUGGGAAUCAACGGCCAGUUUCCAGGCCCAACUAUCAAAGCUGAAGUUGGUGACACCCUUGACAUUGCACUCACCAACAAGCUCCACACAGAGGGAACUGUUAUUCAUUGGCAUGGAAUCAGACAGCUUGGAACACCUUGGGCAGAUGGAACUGCUGCUAUCUCACAGUGUGCUAUAAACCCGGGAGAGACUUUUCAUUACAGGUUCACUGUUGAUAGGCCCGGUACAUAUUUCUAUCACGGACACUAUGGUAUGCAAAGAGCAGCAGGAUUGUAUGGUUCUCUGAUAGUGGAUUUACCAAAGGGACAAAAUGAACCAUUUCACUAUGAUGGUGAGUUCAACCUUCUCCUCAGUGAUUUGUGGCACAAAAGUUCCCAUGAACAAGAGGUUGGCCUCUCUUCCAAGCCACUCAAGUGGAUCGGUGAACCUCAGAGUUUGCUCAUCAAUGGACGUGGACAAUUCAAUUGCUCCCUUGCAGCUAAAUUUGUGAACACAAGCCUAGUACCACAAUGCCAAUUCAAGGGUGGUGAAGAAUGUGCACCAGAGAUUCUUCAUGUGGAGCCAAACAAGACCUACAGGAUCAGAAUUGCUAGUACCACUUCCAUGGCUUCUCUCAACUUGGCCAUUUCAAAUCACAAGCUGAUAGUGGUGGAAGCCGACGGCAACCACGUCCAACCCUUCGCCGUCGACGACAUCGACAUCUACUCCGGCGAGACCUACUCCGUCCUCCUCACCACCGACCAGAACCCAAACCACAACUACUGGCUCUCAAUCGGCGUCAGAGGCAGAAAACCCGCCACCCCACAAGCCCUCACCAUCGUCAACUACAAAACAAUCUCCGCCUCCGUCUUCCCCACCACACCGCCACCAACCACCCCCCAAUGGGACGAUUUCGAACGCAGCAAAGCCUUCACCAAGAAAAUCACCGCCAAAAUGGGCACCCCACAACCGCCAAAAAUCUCCCACCGCCAAAUCCACCUCCUCAACACCCAGAACCUGUUCGACGGAUUUACCAAAUGGGCAAUCAACAAUGUCUCCUUAUCACUCCCUGCAACACCGUAUCUGGGUUCCAUCAAGUUCAAUGUGAACAACGCUUUUGACAGAAAACCGCCGCCGGAGACUUUCCGACAGGACUACAACAUUUUCCAGAGUCCGGUGUUCCGCAACACGACGGUCGGAAAUGGGGUUUACAUGUUCCAGCUGAACGAGGUUGUUGAUGUGAUUCUGCAGAAUGCUAACCAGUUGAAUGGGAAUGGGAGUGAGAUUCAUCCAUGGCAUUUGCAUGGGCAUGAUUUCUGGGUUCUGGGGUAUGGUGAAGGGAAGUUUAGACCUGGUGUUGAUGAGAAGAGUUUCAACUUGACUCGCGCUCCGUUGAGAAAUACCGCGGUGAUUUUCCCUUAUGGUUGGACUGCUUUGAGGUUUAAGGCGGAUAACCCUGGUGUUUGGGCGUUCCAUUGUCACAUUGAGCCGCAUUUGCAUAUGGGAAUGGGUGUGAUUUUCGCCGAGGCUGUUCAUAAGGUGAAGAACAUACCUAGAGAAGCUCUCACUUGUGGACUCACUGGGAAGAUGAUACACCACUAAAACUAGCCACUAAGUUAUUGUUCGUCGAAAUUCUUCCGCAGUUGAUUUUAAAGUCAAAAUAAAAUUUGAUGGAGUAAGCUAUGAUUCUCGAGAAAUAAAAGUUAAUCCAAAUAUGCUACUA